AUGGGCGACCACUCGGUCACUAAGAUUGACCAUGCCAAUCAUCUCCUGCUGGACCAACCCCUCCUCCGCCUCCCACACGAGCUCCUCCACAAGAACUUCCGCUCCGCACACUUCGUCGUCGAGAAACAGGGCACCUUCAUCAAGAAGGAGCUCAAGGACACCGCCAACGCUGCCCUGAAGGGUGGCGCCAGCCCCGAUGAAGUCCUCCGGAACCUCGACACCAUGAUCGCCCGCGUGCGCGGCGUCAAGCGGAAGCUGGAGGGUUGCGACCAGGAGGAGGCCCGGCUAUACCGCCAGGUCGGCGCCAGGGUUAAGCACCUGUCGGACCUGGGCCACAUGCACGCCUUCGAGGACGUCAAGUACGAGCACUGGUCCCGGAAGAGGCUCGACCGGCUGCUGGUCGACUACCUUAUGAGGCAAGGCUAUGGGCAGAGCGCGAGGGCUCUUGCUAAGGACAAGGGCGUCGGAGACCUGGUGGAUAUCGACACGUUCGAGCAGAUGAACCGGGUGAGACAGAGCCUGCUUAACAAGAAUGUCAAGGACGCGCUCGACUGGUGCACGGAGAACAAGAAGGAGCUGCGAAAGAUGGACAGUAACCUCGAGUUCCAGCUGCGCUUCCAGCAGUACAUAGAGCUCGUGCGCACCCAGGACGAGGAGAAGCUCCUCGAGGCCAUAGUCUUCGCCCGCAAGUUCCUCUACCCCUUCAAGGAGUCCUUCCCCAACGAGUACGGCCAGGCCGGCAUCCUGCUCGCCUUCCCGCCCGACGCGGCCGACGAUGAGCACCGGAAGAUGUACCACCCGUCGCGGUGGAACAAGCUGGCCGACAUCUUCACCGAGACGCACAACGCCCUGCUGGGCCUCCCCUCCUUCCCGCUGCUGCACAUCGCCCUGCAGUCGGGCCUCUCGGCGCUCAAGACGCCCGCCUGCCACAGCGCCCAGGCCAGCUCCUCCUCCACCCCGUCCCACCACACCAGCCUGACCAGCUCCGUCUGCCCCAUCUGCUCCACCGAGCUCAACGAGCUCGCCCGCAACGUCCCCUACGCCCACCACACCCAGAGCCACGUCGAGCCCGACCUCAUGCUGCUGCCCAACGGCCGCGUCUACGGCCAGGCCAAGCUCGAGGAGUAUUCGCGUAAGGCGGGGUUGCCGCCGGGCAAGGUCAAGGACUUGCGCACGGGGGACGUUUACACGGCCGACAAGCUCAAGAAGGUAUUUAUCACGUAA